AACCGGGAAAAGGAAUUCCGAUAAAAAAAUAAAUUUUUCAGAAAAAUGGAAAUCGAGUUGCCUGAAUUGUUCUGCGUAAAAUAUGAAGAGGCGGAGAGAAGUUUAAGCACUGCCUUUAAGCAACUAAGAAAAGAACAGUUUCUGUUUGAUGUGACAUUAACAGUCCGAGAUAUUAAAUUCCAGGCACAUAAGGUUGUUCUGAGCGCCUGCAGUGAUUUCUUUAAGGCUUUGUUUAAAGACAAUUCUCUGCCCUACACAUAUGUAUACCUUAGAGGAGUUGAGGUACCUGAUCUACGGUACAUAAUGGAUUUUAUGUACGAGGGAGAAGCAAAGGUUGAGAAGUCCAGCCUGGAUUCAUUCCUACAUUGUGCCCAGGAUCUAAGGAUCAGAGGACUAUUUGCCGAUGAAACAAAGGAACCAGAAAAAAAGGAAGGAGAGAAGAGAAAGAAGAAGCCUGGUGAAACUUUAUCUCCUGAACCUGCGGAGAAGAUGGAGAAGAAGGAAGAAGUUCACAGGAUGGAAGAGGGGGAUGACGGAGAAGAAGAGAGGAUAGAACAUGAACCUCACGCUGAAGCCUUCCUUAGACCACAAUAUAAGGAGCAAAGUGUUUCUGGGGUAAGUAGUAAUGAACCUCAGUCCUACAUCCAGUAUCAGGGUCCCCUACACGCCGAAGCACUACCCCAGGAACUAGAUGAAACUGAGACCCAUAGAUUACCCAGAGGGAAGAGCUGGGUCUGGAAUUUUAUGGGGUUUAAGGAAGGAGAACCAGGUCGUGUAAUCUGUAACCUAUGCCAGAAGUCUCUAGCCUAUCACCAGAGUACCUCAUCCAUGAUUUCUCAUCUCAGAAGAUAUCAUCCCGAGGAAACGGCGAGUGAAUGGAAACCGUCUUUGCAUCAUUUCAUAAGUCCAAUUCAUGGUUUAACAUCAUCAGAAGAACUGGAAAGCUCAGAAACGGAACAUACUGAUGUAAAAAAGGAACCACAAGAGCGAGAAAAAUUUACAGGAACUGCGCAAGAUCACGACACACACGCGACACAUCACGGCAUUGUACACGUUGGAGAGCGUCAACAACACGCUACAAAAGAAUACCCGCAUGAACAUAAUGUGCAUCCCGAUUCAGUCGAACUGGAACAAGCUGCAAAGCGCGGAACUGCGAUCGCUCGCGAACAAGAGAUUGAACGUACAUCUCCAGAAUUGAUGGCUAUCAUUAGUCCUGACCUGCAUUUUCCGGAACACAGGGAAUGAAAAUCUUUGGAGCAUUAUACCUGGAGAUAUAUUUUAAGGCCACUUUUAUAAUGAAGUUUCUAAUGGGUUCUCUAAAACAUGAUUGAAAGAUGUUCACUUAACUCUCUGUGAUCUGUUAAUCCGGAACUAAAACACGGCAAUCUAUUGUAAUUUUGUACCUGAUAGUUUAUAAGCAGAGCUUUAUAUUUGAUCUCAACAACUAUUUUUAUAACGAA